CCGCGGCGCCUCGAGCUAACAGCGGGGCUGCAGGUGUUCCCACUCCUGGUGCUUCUGCAAGGCACAGCAAGGAGAGCCCCCAGGCCUGGGUCUCCAGAACACCACGGAGAGGGCUACCCUGAUGGACACACACACAGUGAGAGACAAGCAGUGCUCAGGACAACACCGCCUUCCCCCCAGCACGGACGCACGCACUGCCUCAGGCUCUUCCACCGUCAUACUCUGAGCGGCGUGUUCGGCAGCAGGAGCCUGGGUGGAAUAUGGCCGUGGCUGCUAGAACAUACUGCAUGCCCCCCACACCUGUACCUGUUCUCCCUUGAAGUCAGAGGACCCGUGUCAGCUUCCCCGGCGCAGGCAUCGGGCGGUGGCCAGACUUCUGGCUGUGCUGCUUCAGUGGCGGAACGAGGGGCUCGGAGCGCGGAGCCAACACCAAAGCAGGAGGCUUUGGAAGAAGAAGGGGCACACCAUGGGGAGAGAGUGCUGGGCCCGUUACAGGGGCCUCCCUGGGCACUGGGGCUUCUGGACAGCUGCGGGAAUGAAGAGGCUGGAGACAGGCCCAGAGAUGCCCCUCGGGUACCAGUUGUUCCUGAGAAAACUGGAGGGCAGAACAGCCUAGAGAGCAGUGUGUCCCAGUUGGAUGCCACCCUGAAUGCUCGCUCUGCCGCGGGCGGAAGAGGCCCCCGAAAAGGGCGGCCUUAUCAGUGUGGCACCUGUGACCGGAGCUUCAAAUGCUAUUCGGACGUGGCGAAGCAUCAGAGCAUUCACUCCGGGGAGAAGCCGUAUGCGUGCAGCGACUGCGGGAAGGCUUUCAUCCACAGCUCGCACGUGGUCCGGCACCAGCGCACCCACCACGGGGAGAAGCCCUACGUCUGCAAGGAGUGCGGGAGAGCCUUCAGCCAGAGCUUCAACCUUGUCAGGCACCAGCGAAUUCACACGGGAGAGAAGCCGUACGGAUGUGCUGAGUGUGGCAAGUCCUUCGGUCAGCGGUCAGACGCCGCCAAGCACCAGAGGACACACACGGGCGAGAGGCCGUACGUGUGCAGCGAGUGCGGGAAGGCCUUCCUCCACAGCUCCAAUGUGGCCCGGCAUCAGCGCACCCACCACGGGGAGAGCCCCUACGAAUGUCAAGAGUGCGGCCAGGCCUUCAGCCAGAGCUCCAACCUCCUCCAGCACCGGCGAGUACACACAGGCGAGAAGCCAUAUGCCUGUCCAGAGUGCGGCCGGGCCUUCAGUCGCAGCUCCUUCCUCAGUGAACACCGGCGCAUCCACACUGGGGAGAAGCCCUAUGCGUGCGGGGAGUGCGGCCGAGCCUUCAGGGCCCUGUCGGGCUUCUUCCGGCACCGGCGGGUCCAUACCGGGGAAAAGCCUUUCCGCUGCACCGAGUGCGGCCGCGCCUUCCGCCUGAGCUCACACCUGAUCCAGCACCAGCACAUCCAUGGCGCAGACUGAGCCUCCCGUGGGUGAACAGACCUGGACGUGGUGGGCGCAGUGCCCGUGAAACUCUGGCUGCACCUGCAGGGCCACGUACUUCAUCCCACCUGCGUGAGGAGGGUGAGGGAGCUGCCGGUGCUUUAAGUUCUUGCCCAUGGGGAAACCCCGGUGUGUCUGCUGCUCCCCUGCCCACCAGUCAGAAGAGAAGGAGGAGUCUGAGGGAAGGCUGGCUUUAUGGUGGAGAUCUGAUGAGGACAUGUGUGUCCACUGAAACUAAUUUCACAUUCGUGACAUUUUGCUGACCUAUAAUUCACAUAUGGUGAAGUGCACAGAUCCUAAGGGCUGGGUUUUAUGAGAUUUGACAAAUAUAACCUGUUUUGACCUUUAGAACCACCAUGCUAUCAAGAUAAUAAACUAUCUCCAUCACCUCCUUCAAGCCAAACCCCUUAGCCUCAGAGGCAACCAGUGAUCUCGUUUCUGUCACUGGAGUUUUGCUCAUUCUAGAACUUUAUGCAAAUAGACUGAUUUAACAUAUACUUUUUAUGUCUGA